UGGGGGAGCUCGGAUAUGGCAGCUAGGCAGUCCGCUGUUUGCCUUGCUGGGGCACGGGCCGUUCCUCGAGCAAGUCUUGUCGGUUGUAUCGCUGCUUGUCGCGCUAUAUUCACGAUAAACUCGCAAUAUAUAACACCUUUUGUGGGGUACACGGUAACGGGGAAACUUACGAGGGUGGCUCGCGGUGACACGCGGAUUUUCGGUAACCGCGUACUAUCUGUGUCGGGGGUUGCAUUCCCCGGGAACGGCAUGCUCAACAACAUCUCCGCCGGCGGUUCGGUACACGGUAUUUCCGGAGCCAAGGAUCUUCAUGCACAGGACCUGAAGAGGCACGAGAAGUUGGACGGCGUGCUGGGAGUGAAUUUGGGGACCGGAUUGUCUGCCGGCGGUGGCCUCACGCUACAUCAGGAAUUAAUCAUGACCAUGCCUGGCACGGGGAACGCGGCAGCGAUCGGGCAAGGCGAUGACAAACCUGCCAAGCAGAAACGGCACCGAACGAGAUUCACACCGGCCCAGCUGAACGAGCUCGAAAGGUGUUUCAAUCGGACCCACUAUCCGGACAUCUUCCUCAGAGAGGAGAUAGCUGUGAAAAUCGGCCUCACGGAAAGUCGAGUCCAAGUGUGGUUUCAAAAUCGUCGAGCAAAGUGGAAAAAACGGAAGAAGUGCGGCCCUGUUUUUCGUUCCCCACCGGGUCCAUUGCUGCCAUCGCACGGGUUACCCCCGUUUGGACCGAUGAGCUCUGAUCUCUGUGGUGCUGGUAUGUUUAGCGGACCUCCUGAAAGAUGGACAAUGGGAACAGGUCUUGGACAACUGGGACAAGGAGGAAUGGGAAUGAGUGGUUUUGGCCAAAGUUUAGGACAACUUGGUCAGCAAAGUACGGGGAGCCUCGGCUCGAGCCUGGGUCUUGGUAAUUCUGGACUCCCGAUCAGCAGUCCGUCGCAAGCCGUCUAUCAAGCCAGUUAUGGACUGAAUUCCCUUGGGGGUGUACACGUGUCUGCGUCCCGAGGCUCGCCUCCGGGGGGGUCCAGCGUGGGCGGUGGUCAGGGUGGUGGUCUAGGAUCGGCCUUGAACUGCGGGCAGGGCUCGCCUGGGACGACUUCCGGGAGCGGAGGCGGUGGCGGUGGUGUUUCCUGCGUGGCUGCCGAUGUGAACGCGACCGAGGCGUCGGAUUGGAGAGGCGCGCACAGCAUCGCGGCGCUCAGGCGUCGCGCCUCGGAUGCAUCGCAGCAAUACAGUCCACAGCCACCGCCACCACCCGCAGGACCUCCCCAAUAUGCUCAGGACAUGGAGUACAAUUCCGUUUACUGAGGCCCAGCGAGUUUCGCUCUUAACUCUACGAUAAAUCCUAUCGGGGAAAUGUUUCAAGGAUUCCCUUCGUGGAUGGUUCCGAGCGGUCAACAUGCAGGGUAGCGGGUCCGAAAUAACGAGAGAAGAAAGGACACGUUGUUCUACGAUAUUUCUCUCUAACUCGUGAUUGUCACUGAGAGAUGUAUGGCAUCUACGUUUGCCGCGACGGAUGUACAAUUUUAAUUUUCAGCGAUUUCGACCGAUGGAUCGAGUAUUAGUGGCAAAGGAUUCUGUCCAUCGAUGACCGAGUUGUUACGUUAUUUUCAUUCUCGAGCUGUGGUUAAAGAAGAAAAAGUUUAACGAUAGAUUUCGUUGUUACUGGAUAUAUUGAACGUAUCGAAAUGAAUUAGAAGUAUUUACCUAACGGAGACGUGUGAAAAAUUCAUCACUGAUAGAAAAUAAGUGAAGAAGAUAAAUAAUAAGCUGCGACAACAACGAAUUUCAGUUGUUUUCUAAUCAGUGGUAAAGACGUGUAGUCUCAACAUUGGUUUUCAUCAUUGCUUGGCUGGUCAAUUUACAAUCACGGAUAGGAGAGUGACUUUAUAGAACUUUUAUCGGUUCCAGCAGUGAUAAUAAGUCACGCUGAUGUCCCUUUCUUCUGCCAACGAUACGUGUAAUCGUGAUAUUCGGGUAAUGAAAACAGUGAGUCGUUAAAUUGUACGAAUUAAUCAAGAAACAUUGAGAAUAUCCUUAAAAACAUGAAUGAUAAAAGUGAAAGAAUAAUAAAAGGAGAAAGCUUCGUUAAUUAAAAAUGCAUUAGUGAGUUCUUCAAGAGGAUUCGUGUCACAUUGAAGCUGUGCAACGCUGAAAAAAAAAGUGGUUACUUCAUAAUAUACAUAUAUUAACUUUAUCGUGGAUAUUGGUCGAACGAUUUGCUACGUUCCAUGCAUUUGUAACAUGACUGAUUCCAAAUUUAAAAUGUAUACACCGAUAUAAUUCCAUCUUCUUCUUCUUACGAUUGAAUCGAAUGUUUAAUUUUAUCGACAUUUUAUAACCGUUUACCGUGCGUUUAUUUCGUUAGUUUUUUCAUAACUUACUCGCAAAUAUUUAGUCGAAAUCUAAAUAAAUUAUCCAAAAAAGAGAGUUCGUUUUAGAAUUCAGAAAUAUUAUUUUGCAUUUUAUGUUUUUUCAAAGGAAUCAAUAAAUUCUAGCACCGCUGCUCGGUGUAACGAAAAAGUAUACGACAAGUUAUUAUAGUAUUAUGUAUGGCAUUGUAAAUAUAGUAAAAAAAUUAAUGUAACAACUAUGAUCGAUUAUAAUUAUUACUAUUAAAAUUAAUAUUAUCACUGAUAACUUUUUCAGAAAAACUUAUUUCGGUUUGUUUAUGAUUUCCUUUAUAUAUUUUUAAAAACCAAAGCAAAAAUACUUUUUCAUAAUUUUCUGAAAAUUUAAUUUACUUGAACUUGAUCUUAUUUGAACAGAAAUAAGAAAGAGAACCCGAUAGCUUUAAACUUUAAUAACGAAAAAAAUGACAAAUUAUAUAUGUAUAAGUUAAAUCGAAAAUGAAGUUAACCAUUCUUUGUUCGGUUUUAUACUUCGAACGCAGACUGGUUUGAUUUCUGAGACGUCAAAAUAUAAGUAAAUGCCCGAGAGAAGACAAGUAUAUUGAACAAGGAAUUUCACUUGCUUUAAAAUGACCAGUAUGUGUGUGUAAUGUUGAAUCUUGCAUGAGAGGAACAAUACUUUGAGUAAUUAAAAUGCAAGUUGGCACUUAACACAUAUUGCAUUUCCCGAAUAAUCUUCUAGAAUGCUACAAAAAUAUAAAUUGUUUUGUUGUUGUACACCAGAACAUAAGAUUUUGUAAAUAGAAUAUACGUCUAAUAUUAAUAAUAAUUGAAUAUUGUAAGCGAACAACACGAUAUCCCAUUUACAUACGCGAGUAUACUUGGACAUUGUGAUAUUUUAGGCCCGCUGUUCCAUUUUUUUUUUUUUUCAACAGCGACAAGCCGUGUAUAUGAUAUUGCAAGAAAAAUAAUAAGCAGUACCAUAAUAGUGAUCGCGAGCGAUAACGAAUGUCGAUUAUUCUAGUUACGAAUUUAUGGUAGUCUUAGGUAAAAGUUAGUGAUAAAUAUGAAAUGAACGAUAUGCAGUUGUCAGUGUAUUACUACGAAACGUAUACGAUUUUUAAUGUACAAAAAAAAAUGGUAUAACAAGACGACGAUGUUUUUUCGAAAUUUCAUCCUGCUGGUACGAUUUGUGUUCGGGAUGAAGUAACUUAUAUUCGAAUUGAUCCUAAGCGAUUCUUUCAUUUUCUUUUUGUUCUCAUUUUUUUUUUUCUUUUUUUUUUUUUUUAGAAAUAUUUUCUACAUGUUACCGACUUGCACAUUUUUAUACAUAUUUAAGUAAGAUUAAACACUUACAUAUAAGACAUUUUCAAAUUGUCUAGCGAAAUUAUAUUAUGUCUUUCGUUGAAUAUGCGAAAGAUAUAAUAUUUAUUUAUCAGUUGCGUGUAUGGAAAUAAAAUAAUUUCACGAAUCGAAUCUGCCAAAGUGUUAUGCUUGCUAACAAUUGAAACACUUGCGUAAUAUUUUGCAAUAUCAUAAACAAUUACAUAUUUCGCGUGAACAUUAUUUUUCUUUUUUUCUCGGCUCGUACAUUUUACAAGCAAUGAAAUAUAUUUGAUAGAACAUGUCGCAAAAAAAUGGACUGACCUUAUGCAUCUUUAACACAAAUCAUUAAUCGUCAAUGACCUUAAUUAGUGAUAAAUAGAAAAAUUUUAAUUUUUAUCGUUGUAUAGUUGUGUAUAGAAGACAACUAAGUGUGUAAAAUAAAUCAUUAUCAAAAA